AUUCCCUAGCUUUCUCACAUACGAAGGCAGGCCUGGCAUUCUUCCCCUUUCUUUCCCUGCUUCUACUCCACCACUGGCCUCCGCCGUGGCCAGGCCGGCAUGACGGCGCGCCACGAAGCUCGCUGCUGCCCCAAGCCUCGACCUUCUGCUGCCCAUCCUAUACUCCACCGGCCAGCAACCUGCUGCUGCUCCUCCUCGUCUCCAGGAAGGUGCUGCUACUCCUCCACGCUCCAUCAAGGUGCUGCAACUGAAGGAACGGUGACUCCGGCGAUCACCCGCGACCUCUUCCCAUUCUCCAACUCCUGCUGCUCCUUCUCCUUGGGUUAAUUCCCCUCUAAAUCUCUCCCACUGAUUUGAGAACUUGUUCACUGCAAGCCAAGUGUUCGAUGUAAUGCUCACAUGGAUGUGCUACGAAUUUCACUCCGUCUCUCUACUUCUCUGCUAAUCUUGUCUAAUUCUUGAAUUGUGUGAGCUAUUGCAUCAUCACCAGAUAUCGUAACUAUAUAAUUGUCCUUUGUUCUGAGAUCUGUGUGUCCUUUGUACUAGAGAGUGUGGUUUAAUUUUCUGUCAUAAUAUAUAUGUUUGUGCUGCCAUGUUAUGUAUUCUAUCCCUUUUUCAAACAACUUGUUUCUAUCUUUCUUAUAUGUUUGCUUGUGAUUAAUUUGGGUGUCUAAUCGUUUUGUCUACUGUUAAUUCUAUUAACGAAAAUCACAAAAGUAUGGUUUAGUGCUUGUUCGUUGCCCUUUAUUUUCGGUUAGCUUAUUUACCCUUGUGAUUGAUUCACCUAGCUUUAGUCCUAACUCAAUUGUAGAUCAUCUAGUCCCUGUGAAGAACACGACAACUCGCAGUUUUGGGAGGAAUACCCACUGCUGUUUUACACUCGAUCACGCUGUAGCAGAAGGCAGGCGAGGAUCAGGCGACUGAUGGGGCUCGGAUGAAGAAGAAGAACAGGGACGUCGAGGAAAGAAGAGAUAAAAAAACGUGUUGUCAAUGCAUUUCGAAGUGGAUAUGGCCGAUCCUGCUGGUCCAUUCCUGAUGUCCGGUACGAGACAGAUGCCCCAAAUGCUAGCUGGCCAGAGUGACUAGAGGAGGUUUUGGAACAAUUUCUUACUAUCCAAAUUUAGCAGUUAAUUAGAUUUAAACUCGAGAGUUAACCUAGUUCAACUGAAACAUGCAGAAAAAUGGGUUGCUUCCAUGGUUACAGGUGAAUCAAAAAACCGGUGUUUAGUGUUUGGGAGAGAAGAAACGCCGGGCAGCCGCCGCCGCUGGACCUUGCGACCUCCGCCGAGCAUCCGCCGCUGGAUCCCGCCGCAUCCGCUGGACCUUGUGACCUCCGCCGAGCAUCCGCCGCUGGGUCCCGCCGCCGCCGCUGGAUCCCCUUGUUGCAGCCGGCUGCAUCCUUCCUCGGUGGAUCCCCAUCGUCCCAGCCGCCGUCGUCGCGCCUCUGAUCGAUCCAGUCACUGUAUUCUCUCGUGGUUUGUCUCUGUGUCCAUCUCGGUGAGAUUAUUCGGGUCUCCUGAGAUCCUUAUUAGUUUCCGCUUGUAACAAGCCUAAAACGGAGGUAAAGGAAUACCUAAACGGCCAACCAAUCAGAAUUUUAGGCUUCCGUCGGAAAAACAAUGUGCUCAGAAUUUUACACCGGUUUUGGCCAAAAAACUGGGCUUCCAAUCAGGCCCGAAUGGUUUCGAUCGGUAAUAAGAAACGUGAACUAAACAAAGACAAGCAUAUUCAUCACGUAAAGAAAGACCUCAAAUUUAAACUCAUAUCUCAGGUACGCAAAUGAUUGGGUCACCUGAAUACACUACCCAAAAGAACAGAAGAAAUGACCACCCAGACAACAACGGAUCGACAGACAGGCAAGGAAGCCGAUCGACAGACACCAACCAUUGCGAAAUCAAGAUGCGUGCAUCAGGUCUGGGCAAACACAAGAGACAAACCGACAGAUCCUAGCUAGCCUCAACAAGACAACUGAAUGUGAUCGAUUGAUCGAUCGUUGUGGUGAGCUGUCCAGGGUCCUCGCACUGCAGAUCUACAAAGAGACGGGUAGGGGAGGGCCGGGGACGUACGUACGUACGUCAGAUAGAGAUCUUCAAAGGAAGAGGUAGCGAGAGGGAGAGAGUCGUCGAGAUUGCAGAGAGAGCCAUGACGAGCUACAGGCGGUCGGACAGCAACAAGACCCUCCUGAAGUCCGACUCGAUCCUGGAGUAUGUGCUGGAGACGACGGUGUACCCGCGGGAGCAGGAGCGCGUCCGCGAGCUCCGCCUCAUCACGCAGCAGCACCCGCAGUCUAUCAUGGGGUCGUCGCCGGACCAGAUGCAGUUCUUCUCGGUGCUGCUGAAGAUGAUGGGCGCCGAGAAGGCCGUCGAGGUGGGCGUCUUCACGGGCUACUCGCUGCUCUGCACGGCGCUGGCGCUCCCGGCCCACGGCAAGGUGGUGGGCAUCGACGUGAACCGGGACUACUACGAGCUGGGCCGGCCCGUGAUCGAGAAGGCCGGCGUCGCCCACAAGGUGGACUUCCGCCAGGGCGACGGGCUCGCCGUGCUCGACGAGCUGAUUGCCGAGGAAGCCGAGGCCGGUGAGGAGAAGUUGUUCGACUUCGCGUACGUGGACGCGGACAAGCUGCAGUACGCCGGGUACCACGAGCGGCUGCUGCGGCUGGUGCGUGUGGGCGGGGUCAUCGCCUACGACAACACGCUCUGGUACGGCUCCGUGGCCAUGCCACGCGACACGCCGGGGAGCACGGCGUACGCCCGCGGGGUCAGGGACUCCAUGGUGGGGUUCAACGCCGCCGUGGCCGCCGACGACCGCGUCCAGGCCUGCCUCCUCCCCUUCGCCGACGGCGUCACGCUCUGCCGCCGCCUCAAGUGAUCAAUCGAUAUGCAUGGUUUCCGUUGCUUUGAUUUCCACCGGAGAGACAGACUUUUGAGAUUCCUGCUCUUUUAUAAGUUGGAGUUGUUGGUUCAUCGAUUCGUCUCAUCCGUGUCUUUAUUCCUCCUGUCCUACGUACAUGAGGUCGUGUUGCACAACGUGCUUAGAAUACAGAUACAGAUUGUUGGUUUUCAUUUGUGUUGCAUGGUCAAGAUGAAGAACAAGAAACAACGGCUGUUUUGAGCACACCUUCUGAAGGUACGGUUUCAACGAGUCGAUCACAACCAAAAAAAUUUGCCUCAGGUCGGGCUCACAUGUAAGGUGCCGGCUGACAAUUCUGACCUAUCCAUUUAUUGA